AUGUCGGAGAUGAGAGCCGAUGAGCAAAAUGCCCAGGAUGAGAAUCCUGGCUCGUCAAUUGCCCAUUCAACCGUAUACAGAUUAUGGACCCACUGUUGGUUCCAGAUCCUACUGAUCAGCUUCAUUUGUUUCUGCUGUCCAGGGGUAAGGAGUGAAGGCGCAUGUGUCGGAAGGAGAAUCAGACUGGCUGACGUUGGGCAGAUGUAUAAUGCGCUUACAGGAAUGGGAGGAUCUGGCCAGGUCGAUCAAGCCGUGACCGCGAAUGCCAACGUUGCUCUGUUAUCUGCGACGGCUGCGACAGCUCUUUUCGUGGUGGGCCCAAUAUUUGACCGUGUUGGCCCUAGAGUUUGCCUACUGCUUGGAGGAUGGACGUACCCUUUGUACUCUGGCAGUCUUUUGUGCUUCAACGCAACGAAUAACGGGGCCUUUGUUAUCGCCUCCGGGGCCAUUCUGGGUGUCGGCGCCUCGUUCUUAUGGGUAGCCCAGGGUGCGAUCAUGACGACCUAUGUUUCCGAGUCGCACAAGGGGCGUGCGAUAGCAGUAUUCUGGUUCAUCUUCAACCUUGGCGGCGGUGUGGGAUCUCUCGCCAGCUUUGGGAUUAAUUAUGACUCGAAAACCGGCACCGUUUCGAACGGAACGUAUACCGCUUUUCUCGUCAUCAUGGCCGUGGGCUGGUCCCUGGGGAUCUUGGUCUGCCCACCGUCGUACGUGCGAAGUGCUCAUCUACAGAAGAAAACAGACAGCGAGAGAAAUUGGCGACAGGUCGCUCGUCAGUCCCUCAAGACGAUUGUUGACUGGCGAGUGCUGUGCAUGCUUCCACUUUUCUUCUCCGCCAAUGUGUUCUAUUCAUAUCAGCAGAACGUUGUGAACGGGAUGAAUUUCAAUAUCCGCACACGCUCUCUCAAUGGUGCACUGUACUGGAUUGCGCAAAUGCUGGGAAGUUUGUUGAUGGGCAUGCUUCUUGACAUUCCACAGCUCACCCGCCCCAUGCGAGCUCGCAUAGCUUGGGCUUUCUUGGUUGUGACCGGAAUGGGGAUCUGGGGAGGCGGCUAUGCGUUUCAGAAAUGGUCUGAUUCCCGUCUGCAGCAAGGUCUUAAGCAAGACAUUGAUUACACCGAUGGACAUACCUCGGUGGGUCCCAUGUUCCUUUAUAUCUUCUACGGCGCGUACGAUGCGUUUUGGCAGUCGUUCUGCUAUUGGCUCAUAGGAGCCCAGUCCAAUUCCCCUGCGGUGGCCGCUGUCCUCGUGGGGGCGUAUAAGACCUUCCAAAGCGUGGGGGGUGCAAUGGCAUGGCGUCUCAACGCAAUGGGAAAACCUGCAAUGACCCAAUUCGCCAUGGACUGGGGUCUCUGUAUGGGGUCGCUCUGUAUUGCAAUUCCAACGGUCCUAGCAAUCACAAUGACGAGCGAGACUGAUUCUACAGAGAAAGAGCCAACGGUGGCAGUUAAUCUCGAUGAGGAGGCGAAAAGAGAUUGA